CUGUGUUCUUUCCUUUAUCUUCGUUGACGACAACUUCUUCAUCCCCCUUUUGUUACUUUCCCUCUUCCAGCAUAGUCACUACAUGCACUCUUCAACCUGCUAGUGGACCACGAAUCAAACCAGAAGAGGAUUGAUCAGAAAAAGGAGCAGCAAACUAAUUGGACUCAUUUGCAGCAAUGGAUGCCAAAAUUCCCAACCUUGGAACCUCUAUGCCAGUACCUUCUGUCCAGGAGCUGGCAAAGCAACCCAUGACCAAAGUUCCAGAACAAUAUGUUCGUCCAAAUCAAGACCCUCCUGUUGUAUCUUACACAACAUCUUUGCCACAAGUUCCAGUCAUUGACCUGAACAAAUUGUUGUCUGAAGAUGCAACUGAACUAGAGAAACUAGACCAUGGAUGCAAAGAAUGGGGUUUCUUCCAGCUUAUUAAUCAUGGAGUCAAUCCUUCGUUAGUGGAAAAUGUGAAGUUAGGUGUUGAAGAAUUCUUCAAUCUUCCAAUGGAAGAGAAGAAGAAAUUAUGGCAAAAACCAGAACAAAUGGAGGGGUUUGGUCAGUUGUUUGUUUUAUCUGAGGAACAAAAGCUUGAUUGGGCAGACAUGUUCUCCAUGACCACUCUUCCAUUAUACGCAAGGCGUCCCCACCUAUUUCCUAGUAUUCCCCAACCAUUCAGAGAUAAUUUAGAGAAGUACUCUUUAGAAUUGAAAAACAUUUGCCUCACAAUAAUUGGCUCUAUGACAAAAGCUCUUAAGACCAAACCCAAUGAAUUGCUAGAGUUAUUUGAAGAUAUAGGCCAAGUAAUGAGGAUCAAUUACUACCCUCCAUGUCCCCAGCCAGAGCAAGUCAUUGGACUCGGUCCUCAUUCUGAUGCUGGUGCCCUUAACAUUCUUCUCCAAGCCAAUGAAAUAGACGGUCUCCAAAUAAGAAAAGAUGGAAUGUGGAUUCCUAUUAAACCAAUCUCCAAUGCUUUUGUCAUCAACGUUGGAGACAUUUUGGAGAUAUUGACUAACGGGAUUUACCGGAGCGUUGAACAUAGAGCGACAAUUAACCAAGAGAAGGAGAGGAUUUCCCUUGUCACAUUUCACAGGCCUGGAUUGCAGAGAGUUAUAGGUCCAACACCAAGCCUUAUUAAACCUGAAAGACCAGCAUUGUUUAAAAGAAUUGGUGUUGCAGAUUACUACAAAGGAUACUUUUCACGCCAGAUACAUGAGAAAUCAUACAUUGAUAUCAUGAGGACUCAAAAUGAGGUGGGCAAUGAUAAAAGUGCAUAGGACUUUGCAUGGGAUCUGAAAAAUAAAUCAUGUUCACAGAAAACAUUAUGUCACAGACGGUGGCUAAUAUACAGCAAUAAUGCUAGUAAGUAUUGACUAGCUCUGUGUUGACUGUGUUCUAGGCUCCAAGCAUAGAUAUAACUUGCAACUUGAGCAUCUACUUUGUAAAUGUUAUGCAACAAAGGGGAGCCAUGGUGAGAAAAAUAUGUCAAUAAGCUAAAUGACAAUCCAUGAAUUCUCAAGGACAAGUUAUGUAUUUUGACAAUGUUACUCGAGUGUGAGUUUAAGAUUCCACCAUUAUGAUCAUCUAAAACUAUUAAGUUGCCAAGGGAAGCUCAUUUCCCUAAACCUUACA